AUGUUAACUGGUUUGAGCGUUCCUGGCUUUCCAAUGUUUAAUGGUUUGAGCGGUCUUGGCUUUCCAAUGUUUACUGGUUUGAGCGGUCCUGGCUUUCCAAUGUUAACUGGUUUGAGCGGUCCUGGCUUUCCAAUGUUUACUGGUUUUAACGUUCCUGGCUAUCCAAUGUUUACUGGUUUGAGCAGUCCGGGCUUUCCAAUGUUAACUGGUUUGAGCAUUCCUGGCUUUCCAAUGUUUAAUGGUUUGAGCGGUCUUGGCUUUCCAAUGUUUACUGGUUUGAGCGGUCCUGGCUUUCCAAUGUUUACUGGUUUGAGCGGUCCUGGCUUUCCAAUGUUUACUGGUUUUAGCGUUCCUGGCUAUCCAAUGUUUACUGGUUUGAGCGGUCCUGGCUUUCCAAUGUUUACUGGUUUGAUCGUUCCUGGCUCUCCAAUGUUUACUGGUUUGAGAAGUCCUGGCUUUCCAAUGUUUACUGGUUUGAGUGUUCCUGGCUUUCCAAUGUUUACUGGUUUGAGCGUUCCUGGCUUUCCAAUGUUUACUGGUUUGAGGGUUCCUGGAUUUCCAAUGUUUACUGCUUUGAGCGUUCCUGGCUUUCCAAUGUUUACUGGUUUGAGCGGUCCUGGCUUUCCAAUGUUUACUGGUUUGAGGGUUCCUGGCUUUCCAAUGUUUACUGGUUUGAGCGUUCCUGGCUUUCCAAUGUUUACUGGUUUGAGCGGUCCUGGCUUUCCAAUGUUUACUGGUUUGAGCGGUCCUGGCUUUCCAAUGUUUACUGGUUUGAGCGUUUCUGGCUUUCCAAUGUUUACUGUUUUGAGCGUUCCUGGCUUUCCAAUGUUUACUGGUUUGAGCGUUGCAGGCUCUCCAAUGUUUACUGGUUUGAGCGUUCCUGGCUCUCCAAUGUUUACUGGUGUGAGCGUUCCUAGCUUUCCAAUGUUUACUGGUUUGAGCGUUCCUGGCUUUCCAAUGUUUACUGGUUUGAGGGUUCCUAGCUUUCCAAUGUUUACUGGUUUGAGGGUUCCUGGCUUUCCAAUGUUUACUGGUUUGAGCGUUCCUGGCUUUCCAAUGUUUACUGGUUUGAGGGUUCCUGGCUUUCCAAUGUUUACUGGUGUGAGCGUUCCUAGCUUUCCAAUGUUUACUGGUUUGAGCGUUCCUGGCUCUCCAAUGUUUACUGGUUUGAGGGUUCCUGGCUCUCCAAUGUUUACUGGUGUGAGCGUUCCUAGCUUUCCAAUGUUUACUGGUUUGAGAGUUCCUGGCUCUCCAAUGUUUACUGGUGUGAGCGUUCCUAGCUUUCCAAUGUUAACUGGUUUGAGGGUUCCUGGCUUUCCAAUGUUUGCUGGUUUUAGCGUUCCUGGCUUUCCAAUGUUUACUGGUUUGAGCGUUCCUGAGGAAGGUAAAUCCAGAAAAACUUCGGACUAA